CCGCAGUCCAGGCGCUCUGUAGGCUUCAUAAAUCAAGUUAGUUCAAGUUAGUCGACUGGACCUAUAAACUUAUGGACGGACGGAGGAUUAUGACAACCGCGAGGUUUCAUUGACUGCUUGCAGUGCAUGAGAGAAAAGUUGGGGUCUGGUGAGCAAAGAGUGUUCUGGAUUUGUCGUCUGUGAUACCAAGUAAAAAUGGCCAGUGGUCUCCUAACCUUGGUGCUUUUGUUGACUAUAAGUAGAUGUCUUUGUCAAAAGGAUUGUACUGGUGUGGACUGCCCCAUACUGGAAAACUGCAUUGAAGAGGUGUUGGAUACUGGAGCAUGUUGUGCCACCUGCACACAAACGGGAUGCAGGUGUGAGGGCUACCAGUAUUACGACUGCAUCAGUGCUGGAUUCAAAAAUGGAAAAGUUCCAGAAGGUGAGUCGUACUUUGUGGAUUUUGGAAGUACAGAGUGCUCCUGCCCGCAGGGAGGUGGAAGGAUCAGUUGCCAUUUUAUUCCAUGCCCUGAGAUUCCCGCUAACUGCAUUGAAUUGUCGGAACCGUCGGAUGGAUGUAUUCAAUGUGAGCGUGUUGGGUGCGUUCAUGGCGAGCAAAAGUAUGAAGCAGGUCACUCCUUCAAAAUUGACCCGUGUCAGGUCUGCCAUUGUCCAAACGAUGGCGGCAAUCUUAUGUGCUCUCCGAUUCCAAACUGCAAUCCGCGCCACGCUCCAGAAACCAGGCACGUGGCGGUGAUGGAGGACAGCACAUCAGGGAGUCGCUACGGAGACCAUAUACUGAACAUUUUUAAUCAUCACGGUUCUAGGGGUCCUAUUUCCAAACACCUACCAGUUGGGCAAAGUGAUGGCAACAGUCCUUUAAAUCUGCAUCCAAGCCACAUUGUUGAUGAGGAUGAGGAGGAGGAGAACUAUGAUUAUCUGCCAACGGAUUCUUCAGAUCCAGCCCUGCAUGGUUUUGCCUCUCCCACUGAAUCAUCCAUCAUCUCAGCAUCUAAUACACAGAGUUUUAUCCCCCGUCAGGCCUUCCACAGAGGGACAAAACAAGAACUCAGAAAGAUGUUAGGCAUUUAUAAGUCCACAACAGACAGGCCACAGUUUUCCUUCCAUGAGGACAGUACGGAUAGGAUGAAAAUCAGCAUUCCCAAAGACAAACCAAAUAAAGAGCUGUUUAGCUCUCUGACCUAUAAAACAGACCAGGCACAAUUCGGCUUUCCUUUGGAAAGAGUGGGAAUCUCCUCUCAGGAAGACUCCAAAGACACCCAAAGCUUCAGUCUUUUUAAAGAUAACUCCAAUCAAGAGGCCCUUACUGAUGGGAACAGCAGUACAGACAAUGAAGAGCUUGCAUUUCCCACAGCCGAAACUGAAGAAGACACCACAUACAGUGAAACAAUUACAGAGUCCCCCACAACUGUUGAGCAAACUACAUCUCAGUUUUGGGAAACCACAACUUCAUGGCAGAGCACUUGGAAUAGCGAAUCAGAGAGUCAAAUGCAUUCAGUUCUCCCCAGUACCGUGAAAACAGACAGCUCUGAACAUGAAGAAAUCAUCACAGCUGCUACUGGUCAUGAUGAAGUUCAACCAACCACUGUUAAUGACCUGUACAGUUCAAAACCUGUGACUGUGUCAGAUAUCGACUCUAACCAAACUUUACCACAACAUGGACAAUUACCAUCAGAACAUGAAAACCUGUCAGAGGACCACAGAGAAACACUUUUUACUGACCACAGAGAACCUUCUGUAGACCAUAGACAACAUCCUCUAGAGCACAGCAAACCCAUUGAAAACCACGAAAAAACCACAGAGGAGCUUGUGGGGACCUUAGGAGACCACAAGAGCAAGCAUGAGAGGAAACCGAAUUGGCAGUUGUUUUCUCCAGUGGAGUUUAGUCCGACCAGCCCAUCUCCUACCACACAGUCCCACAAUGUUUUUAACUUCAAAGAAGAGCAGAAAGAGACAGACAACACCCAUAGGUUGUAUCCAACGAUGAAGGAGGGUUCAGAUGAGAGCUGUUGCAUGGCUGGGCAAAAAUGGGCAGAGGAGAAUCAGCAUUGCAAUAUAAUGCCUAUGAAUACAGAAGACCACAGCUCUGUGUGCAGUGUUAUCCAGCAGCAGUGCUGUUCAGGUGCUCUGAGGGAGAGCAGGUGCCAGGCUGGCAUGAAUGCAGCGAAAUCUGGACAGGUGUGUGAUGAAGAAAGCAGCUCACCCUGUGAUGAAGACUCUCAUAAGGAUUGCUGCAGCUGCUGCGCGUUGGGUCUGCGUCUUCGGAGUGAAGGCAAAGGUUGUGAUGCUCAUCAGUAUCUCAGCUACCCGUGUGGACACGUGUUCCUGUUGUGUUGCGAAAAUGGGGACGAGGGACUUGCUUCCCCCACGCUCAAGAAGAAACAAAGGCCUCAGCCGACUGCUUCUCCAAAGAGAGUGUCAGACAGUCAGUUCCCAAAACAAGCUCUGUCUGUUGGAGAAGUGGAUCCUGCUGCAAACUCACUGGAGGAUUUAGAGCAUGAAGACAGGUGCCAGAGAUUUGGAGAGAUCUGCCAUCACGCCUGCAUCAAUACUCACAAAUCCUACCUGUGUGUCUGCCACCCUGGAUACACACUCCGGCCGGACGCACGCACCUGUGUGCCAGAGCAACCGGAGGAAGACAAUAGGGUUCUUGAGGAAGACCAGCUUGUAACAAUACCUCCAGCACAACUGGAAACCACUACUGAAACCCCAGCCUUAUAUAAUCCAUGUGCAGGAAAUGGACCCUGCUCUCAGCGCUGUUCUGUGAUCAGAGGACUACCACAGUGUUCUUGUUACCCUGGAUACUUUCUGAUGGUUGACGGACACAGCUGUGAAGAUGUGAAUGAGUGUGUGACAAACACACACGCCUGCCAGGUGGAUGAACGGUGCGUGAACACGAUCGGAGCGUUCAUGUGCGAGAGGCAGAUCUCAUGUCCGAGUGGUUACCAAAAGAGAAAUGGAGUGUGUGAAGACAUUGAUGAGUGUGUACUGCGUACCCAUAACUGCGGGAUGGGCUUUGAAUGCUUGAAUACCGAUGGCUCAUUCAGAUGUAAUCCGAAGCAGCGCUGUCUCACAGGCUUCACUGAGGACUCACAUGGCAACUGCAUCGACAUUGAUGAAUGUAGCAGUGUGACAGAGCCUUGUACUGCCGGCUUUAACUGCAUAAACACAGUGGGCUCUUAUACCUGUCAGCGCAAGAUUAUUGCAUGCAGUCGGGGGUAUCAUUCCAGCCCUGAUGGGGCACGGUGCAUUGAUGUGGACGAGUGUCAGACUAGCACCCACCGCUGUGGACAGGGACAAAUCUGUCACAACCUGCCCGGCAGCUACCGCUGUGACUGUCAAACCGGCUACCAGUACGACUCCAUUGGCCAGCUCUGUGUGGAUGUAAAUGAGUGUUGGAGGCACCCGGGUCGCCUGUGUGCCCAGACCUGCGAGAACACACCGGGUUCCUACCAUUGCUCCUGCACCACCGGCUUCUCCCUGGCUUUCGAUGGGAAGAACUGUGAAGAUCUUAAUGAAUGUGACAGCAAUCCAUGCACUCAGGAGUGUGCGAACAUCUAUGGCUCGUACCAGUGUUACUGCCGAAUGGGCUACUUCCUGAAGGAGGACGGGCAUACGUGUGAAGAUAUCGAUGAGUGCUCACAAAGCAUUGGACACCUCUGUGCAUUUCAGUGUGUGAAUGUCCAAGGUAGCUAUAAAUGUGCCUGCCCUCCCCAUGGUUAUUCAAUGUCACCAAAUGGACGCACAUGUGAAGAUAUUGACGAAUGUGCCACUGGAGAACACAACUGCUCCGCUUCCCAGACCUGUCACAACAUCCAGGGUGGAUUCCGCUGUCUGUCCUUUGCGUGUCCAGAAAACUACAAAAAGGUGUCGGACACACGCUGUGAGCGAAUAAGUUGCCCCAACUUCCAGCAAUGUCAGACCAUGCCAUUACGCAUCACUUACUACCAACUGAGCUUCCAGACCAACAUCAUUAUCCCUGCUCAGAUCUUCCGCAUCGGCCCCUCGCCCGCCUACUCGGGUGACAACAUCAUCAUCAGCAUCCCGCGGGGAAACGAAGAAGGCUACUUCAGCACACGGAAGCUCAACAGCUUUACAGGUGCCGUGUACCUGCAUCGUCAGGUGCGAAAACCACGGGACUUCCUCAUCGACGUGGAGAUGAAGCUGCUGCGCCAAGGAACUUUCACGACUUUUCUAGCUCGAAUCUAUGUGUUCAUCACGCCGAACUCCAUGUGAUACUCCACUCCUAUGUGAUGCUUUUGAUUUCAUGUGGUGCUAGACUCUUCAAGUUUCGGCCUUGAAGUUGUCAUCUGGCACAUCUUGGUUUUGGUGAGAAGAUUUUGAUGGGACAUUAUCGUCGUGAUCCAACUGCUUGUUUUGAGCAAAGUGAGAACAAACAGGAUGAAGUGCAGAAACUGACAUGUCUGCUUUUUAAAAGUCUCUAUAAAAAGAAACUCUAUUUAUGCUGUACCAAUUUAGCCCGAUUGCCUGAAACUGCUUUUUAUAGCACUUCAUGUCUUUUCUAACCACACAGCGUUUCUCGAGUGGGUAGAGUUGAGGUAGCGUUAGAGGUUUAGACAAAAAUUUCUGUCGCAGUUUCGUCGCAGGCCUUUCAGGCUUUGUUGCCUCAUUUGAACAUCUGCAAAUUUCACAGCUCAUUUAAAACAACUAAUAACUGUAUUUAACAAACCUAUCCUUGAUAACUCACACGGAUACCUCAGUUCAUACCGCACUCCGCCUGCAAAAGAGAACAAUGUGUGAUUAUGUCUGUAAUCAUUUUGUUAAACACUUGCAAUUAAUAGGAUGUAUUUUUUCUAAUAUUUGUUUUAAAUAUCUCUUUGUAGCAUAUGUUGCCAAUAUAAGGUUUUGGAAACAUUUGACAUGCAUACAUGAAGAGUGUUCAAAGCAGCACUGAGAUUGUUUCAUUGUUUUUAAUUGUAAGUCACUUUAUAUGUCUUUACUUCGUUAUACUGGGCCUGUUUUUUGUAUUACUGUCUUGAAAACUCAUCUCAGGGUCAAAGUGUAAAAUCAUCUCCUGCACUUCAUAACUGAAAUCAUCUUUACUGAGCAAAAUGUUAAGUUUAUUUCUGACAAGGCUAUUGAACGUAAUAGCAUUUUAUUCUCUUUUCCUCAGUAGCCUAUAUUAUUAAAAAAUCUCUUGUUUUAGUAAAAUCACCAUUUUUGUGUAAUACUGCAUCUUUGGUUAAAUAAAACAUCACCAAGUCUUUUA